CGGCCUCGGCCCCGCCACCACGAUCCCCGCCAGUACCCCCCCCGCCACCAGCGCAGCAAUGGCGACCGUCGGGGAGCGCAGGUCUUUGCCUAGCCCGGAGGCAAUGCUGGGGCAGCCCUGGAGCCAUUGGGUCGAUGCUGCUAAACUUCACGGGAACGAUGGAGCAGCCUUGGAAGAAAAUUUCAAGGAAUAUGGUAAAAACCGAGAAGCGAUGCGACUUUGUAGGGAAGGAAUUCAAUAUACAUGCCAGAGGAGUCAGGGUCAUUUAUCAAAUGAUCACUGAAUCAUGGCUAUUAAAUAUUAAAAACACUAUUCAUCAAAUAUAUGGUGCAAGACAUUGGUAAGAAGCAGCAUCCAUGUCACAUAGUAGGAUAUGCCAAUAUUUGGUCUUUGCCCG